UGUCAACAUUUUUAUUCCACGUUGGACACCCUCCAAUGCCGGAUUCAUUGGAAGCAGCUGCCAUUGAAGAGCUGGUUCUUCACGGAUCAAAAGGCUGCCCUUUCGGCACGUUGUGGUCCUCUUUGAAGAAGAAAAAGAAUGCGUCGCCAAAGACACUUUUGAAAGCUUUUUUCAAAAACGAUUCGGUUGAGCUAUACGAGAACGACCAAUGUGUAGACAAGUGCGAUCACUCAAACGACAAACUUCAUGUAAUCGCUUCCGCAGACCUACGUAGAAAGAUCUUGAUGCGAGAACUCAAGAACCGUAAAGCAGUUGUAUCUGACGACGCGUUUCGAGUACUUGAGCAUAUUGCGAGCAUGCGCCAUGACGGCAUAACCCAAAUACAACUAUCAAAGGAUAUGGGUUUGACAAGUGCUACGAUAUACACGCGAGUUAAACGAUUAGAAAACCUUGGUUUAAUUGUACGACAUUCUGCUUCGCAUGAGAAAACGUAUACGCAAAUGUGUUAUCACAUCCGAUUCACACCGAGCGACGACGACCAAACCAGUAUCAUUAGCAGCAACGGCAUGAUUCUUCACGAAAUGGUUGAUCGUAAAAUAGUCAAAGUGCUUGCAAACGCCGAGGACCACAUGAUACCAUUGACGGACGUCUUCAAUGCUUUGGGUAUGACGACGGAAAAGCAUAUUGCGUGGAUGCGUAACCAUAUUGUCAAACGAGUUGAGCAAGGGGUUUUUGAAAAAGUCAAAGUGGUCGCAAGCAACAAGCGAGUAGUUUAUUUAAAAUGGAUUGCACCAUUGUCCUCAAUCGCAAAGCCCCAAAAGACGUCGGCUGAAAACCGUGAUCAAGAGCGACCAGAUGCAUCGCUGCAUGGUGAGGAACUGUCAAAUGUUAUUCUGGAGCGUGUCGAAAAAAAUCCUGGAGCUACUACCAAGGAUUUAUAUGAACUGAUACCCAACGCCAAAUGGACGAAUCUACGGAAAUCACUUCAUUUCGCUGUACAAAAGCACACAAAAUAUCGAUUAUAUACCGUUAUUGAAUCACAAGGUCGCACGCGCCAUUAUCGCUACUAUACUCGUGACGGGAUCAAACAAUAUUACAAUAAUCGAGGCGAAUCUGCUGAAUUGAGUGAUGAGGGUAGGGACAACAAUGAUAAGCACUCCAACAGUAAUACAUCCUCAACAGGCAAAAAGCGAAAGCGUGGAGAUGGCAAUGGAUCGAUAGAUACACAGCGCCAAACCGACAAUAACGAAAUGGGGAAUAGCAGUAGCAACAACAUAAAGCGACAACGCCAUGAGGAAGAAAGUAGCGAUCUCUUAACCAAUUUAUUAAAUACGAACGAUCAACCGAUUACCAAGAACAAGGAUUCACAGAUCCAGCCUAUGAAAGGCUCCAAUAUCACCGCUAAUAAACGGAAGCAAGCUAUGUCAAUGAUUGUUCUACGUGAUAAGGUGCGGGAGAUUGACCAUAGUUUACGGGAUGAAAUCGCAGCUGCCGCAGGAGAGGCAAAAGAUGCCCCACCCAUUGCUCGACCAACAAUGAUACGGUUGGCGGAAGGGUUGCAUAACAGCAAAACCAUACGUCUUGUGCGAUCUGCUGUGCCAGUCUAUGGUGGUGGAAUGGAGAACAAGGUCUUACUCUUACAUCCGGAUUUGAAUCAAAACGAUGCCCUGGUGAAGCAAUACCUCGAUCAUGCUCGUACGAACAAAGCAAUCCACCCUCAUCCAGCAAAGCGAAGAGCAAUUUCGGAAAUUCAAAUUCCCAGCAAUAGCAAUGAUUCACCGAGCGUAACGACGGUGUCGUCAGAACAACACGUAUCGCGCAACAUCAUCCACUUGGCACCGGAAAAACACUGGCGAGAAGUAGCGCAACGGCAUGGAUGGAUUCAGUCUAAGUGGUUACGAGCCAAGCUACUGCACGAAUAUCUUUUUAAUCAACACAAGGAUUUGAUCCGUUUGGGUGAUCUUCUCAAUGAACUGCCUCUCAAAGUCUAUUGCCAAAUGAUUGGACUAUACCGUCACAGCGAUAAAGUCGAAGCGUUCAUGCGUACCACACAAAAAGAUAUGCCGCUCGCCAACUUGCCGCGAGAUAUUGAGACGGAGAUGAUAACGAGUCGAUACCGAUUACGUCUACAGCUUUCUGGGUUAGUCGAUGUACUUGAAGCACUGGAAUUACUGGAACGCGUGAACACUGGCAUAGUGCCAUCCAGCGACACAACGGUUCGGCUGCUCAACAUUGGCAAAAUCAGAGACUUUAGCGUUGAACAAUGGCCAGUGAUACAAACAUUUGAGCUCGGUACCUCAAAGGAUAUCCACGACUUCUGGAAAGAGCUACAGUUCGUUUGUACCUCUUCAGAUACUGCCAAAAAUAUUAAAACCGGGCAUAUUUUGGAUACAAUCUUGGUACCACAUACAUGGAGCAGCAUGACGAUGCUGACACAAGAACAGCGGAAUACACUUGACCAACACCUGGGUUGCUCACAAGAAAUGGCGCCUGUCGAUGAUGUACCACUUAUUGCUCAUUUGUCUCGGACACUCGGCUUGCCUCAAAAACGCAUCAAAAAUUAUUAUGAUGGGUAUAUGCGCGCCCAUAACAAGCAAAAAACAGUAAAUGUUAAGUCACCAAAACGAAUGAUGGUGAGCGACCUGAUCCGAUCUGGUCGUACUUUUGAUCCUGCACCCGCAACCUACAUGUCUACACGCACUGAAGAACGUACCUUUGCACCGACGCGCAAAUUUAUACGGAGCCGGACUCCCCGUACAGAAAAACUACCCGAUAGCACAACCAAGCAACCACCCCAACGAUGGCCUGAAGUUGAACACGAUGCUCUCAUACAUACUUUUGCAAUUAUGCGGCAUCGAGCGGAGACUAAUAAAACGACAUUUUCGUGGAUGCCUAUUACUCAAGUGAUGAAGAACCGAGAACCAGAUGUUUGUCGGCGACGAAUAUCUCACCUGAAAGAGACGUGGCCACGAUUUCAUGAUCACAUAGAGAUUCUCAAACGUAAAUGGGCCGAGAUUUAUGCACAUGGUAUUGCUACGGGUGAGCUUGUUGACGGACGACCUUGGGACUGGCUUAACUUUGACUUACUUGGUCAAUUAAAGUAUUUUAUCGUCAAGUUACAAGAGACCGAGAAUGGAAGUUCGACCCCUUUACCUAGUAAUACUGAACUUCUGAAAACUAAAUACCAAGUCAUAACAAGUCGUUUGCCGAUAUCAAAAAUACGACCUGCUGUUCUGGAUUCACAUUUGUGUGACUCUUUAAAAGAUAAGGACGGAUUAUCAAAUACUGAGUUAUUGGCUACAGUGGUGCUCAGGAUGGUCUUUAUGAUGCCUCAGGAUACAUACGAUGCUGAGAAAGCUCGUGCUCUUUUUCGACCAUUUUCUGAGAAAACUGUCGAGCGUGCUCUACAAUAUCUACGCGCUGCUGGUGCUUUAAUAAUCAUGCGAAAAAAUUAUAAUCGGCUUAUACCUGGCCAAGUAUACAAUGUGUCUGAAAAGUUUAUACGAAUGUUUACUAGCGAGCGCUUUCCAAGGAGUAUGCUGGACCAAGCCAACGAUUUUUACAACAACAAAUUACGUGAUGACAAAGAGUUACCAAGCAGAAUGACAUCUGGGUCCAUGGUCGUGCUUUUAGAUAUGAUAUCUAAUGAAGAGCUUGCACUUCACAUGACAUCGGUUGCUCGUUAUUCAAAAACUCAUAAAUCUGUCUAUUACCCACGGAUAAAGCAUGAUGCCCUGGCAAAUGCCUUGAUCGAGCAAAGUCUAGCGUUCGCUACGACUAUUUCGCGUAAAGAUGAUACCCGACAUUUUAUUACUACACCUAGUAAUGGCAAUGUAACGAUACCCAAAUCUGAAGAAAUUAAAAAAAUAAUAUCCAAUCUAUCUGUACAAGCACGAUGUGUCUAUCAGACCCUGGAAGAAUUUGGUGCUGCUGGUGCUACGCUGGUGAUGCUUCAGAAACAUGUUCAGGACAUGAACAGUCAAGAUAUUAUCAAAAACGUCGAACAACUCAAGUCGGAUAAUCUAGUGCACCAAGUUGGAUUUGAGGAUGAUAAGUUUGUGACCGCUGGCCAUGCACCGAUUUGGUUCGUUGAACCAGCACCACAUCGAUACUUGAAACCGCGAAUGUGGUACUUUGUCGACGGGAGCGUGAACCAGGACGUGUUUCAAGGAUGUGUACGCAAACUUGUGCUGCUUAUCACUGAAAAGCCGGGUAUAUCCUUGGCACAAAUUCAAUCGUCAUUCAAUGGAUACUUGACCGUUGCCGAACUGGAGGAUCUUUUACAACAUCUAUCCGAAAAAAUGGUGAUUAAAAGCGAGAGCUAUGUUCAGUAUAAAAGGCCAAAAGGAUUUGAUGGGUUGUUCAAAACUUCUUCUGUCCUAAAGAAGAUUGGUAUGUUAUCCUGUUUUCCUGGGUAGAAGGCGAAGUUUGGAUGAGCUCUAACCUAUGUUUGAUUUUAGGACCGAACGAAAUCAAACAGAAUGCAACAAAGCAUUACUGGCUUCGUGACGGGUUCCAUCCAUGGAUGGUUAGUUAAAAAGUAACAUGUAAUGAACAGUUGUAUAUACAUGCACCCAUUUUUUUUAUUGAGAUUUGAUGCCAAUAUAUUUGCUUGUCUAAAAGUUUACUUGCUUCGUUUGUAUAAGAUUAUCAGCCAAUUAAUUUCUGCCUUUCUUACUGACCGCCAUUGGUGUCUUCACUAAAGCUGAUUGACAUUGGGAUUGUCGAAUUGGAAUGUUAUCACGAUAUGAUCUUGUGCACCGCUCGCUUAGUUUAUUUGCAAUUAGAUGAUACUGUAAGUAACCACAUCCUAUUAAUCCUACGAGAAG